AUGUGCCAGCUGUUCAUCCCGAUUUGCCCGCUCGUCCUACACUCCUCGACCUACCCUCAUGAUCCCAAUGUGCACGACGUCCAACUAAAACCCGCCGCGGACGCCAAGUUACUUCUCGUAUACUUGACGAAACAGCCCGACAUGGGACUUCUGAGCUCCGAAGUUCUGAAUCAGGCGAGAAUGAAGCCCAAAGCCUGGGAGAAAGCAAAGCUAUACAAUCGCACAACCUGGCACACAUGUUCUUGCUUCUUCAAGAGCGUGUCCAUCCUUCAUCCUGCUCAGGGUCACAGCAAGCCAGCCAUGCGUCCAUCUCUUCCCACUUGUGAAGGAUGUUCUAAAGCCGCAGAACUUCUUCGCCCCUGUAGACUGGGCGGCCUAGCCGUUCCACGAUUUGUGACCUCUCCAUUUUAUGAGCGUUGCACCUUUUCACCAGUGAAAGGCGUCCUCGAGAGGGGUCGGCACCAUACUGAACGCUUCGGAUAUCUGGCUCCAUUGACCGGCCGACAGUAUGGCAGUCAAACCCAGAUGAGAUCUGGACUGCCAGAUGGAUUUAUAGGCGAUGCGUCAACUCAGAGACAAAGGGUUAGAGACGAGUACCACGAUCGGUCAUUGAAUUCGCGACCCACCCAAAAUGACGGUCGCCGAGAGACUACUCGUCCAUUCCUACCUCAGACCAGUAAUUUCCAACACGAUCUGGACUCGUACUUGGCUGAGACGUAUGGAAAAACCGGGAAGGAAGACAGGAAGACACUUUGA